CCCCGCUGCCGGGGCGACGCCGGCAUGGCGGCUCCCGCCCCCCGCCCUCAGGGCGGCUAAAAUGGCGGCGGGGCGCCCGCCCCUGGGGCAGCUGGGAGGGCUGUGUGCCUGGGAGCGGGCUCCCGCUGAGGCCCCGCGCUCGUCCCGUCGCGCACCUGCGACGGGCCUGGCCCUCCUUGGCCCAAGGGAGCUCGGGGGGAUUCGGAUUCGGGUUCGGGUGCUGGAGCUCCCUCUUCCUUCCUUCUCUGCCUUGUUCAGUAUCUAGCUCCUGAAAGGUGUCCUGGCUCCUGUGCUGCCCUCCCUCCGUGGCAGCCCUCUUCCUCCCUGAUGUGUUUGGUUUCUUUAUAUUCUUCUUCCUCUUUUAAUGUGUCAUGUUUCUUUCAGACCUCAGUUUUCCCUUAAGAGCCCUUUCCCCACCCAUUCUGUUGUCCUUGCAGAGCUUCAGCCACCAGUCUUCUCUUCUGUUUGAGCAAAAGUUCUCAAUAUUGUUCCAAGAUUUUUGGGUGCCUCACACCUCAGUUCUAUCUCCUUGUGCUUUGUAGUCCCAGACAGUGAUUUUUUUUGUGUGUGUGUGUACCAUACUUGAGGGUAGCUCCACUGUGAGCAUCCUCCCAAAUAACGUUUUCUGGUUCCGCUUUUCUUGUAUUUCUCUGCUCUUUUUGCUCCUGGUGUAAUGUGGCCCUUGGGAUUUCCUUGGUUUCCACCCCAGAGUGUUUUGUCCUCUCCAGAAGUUCCUUCGCCUGGUUGCUUGUAGAAAGAUGGAGUCAUAUUUGGUAUUUCACUCCCUAGGAGUUACCUUCAUUGUGGUUAGCACACUCAGCCCGCUACCGUUCAAUCACAUCCAACCAGUGCAGCAAGCCAUACGAUACAGCAAACUCCUGCAUGGCAAAUUUUAUGUUCCCACUGUUGGGCCAAUACAGCUGUUGCCUCUGGAGCAUGUCAGACACAGCGGGGACAGGACUAUGGUUAUGGAAGUCAGCAGUGGAAACCUAUUCCCUAGCCUGUCAUAACACCAAAAUUACAGCAACCAGCAUCUGGAAGCAAUUGUGAGAGCAAGUAAUAUUACCAGCCAGUACCUGCUCAGCUGCAGCAUACUGCCAGGGAUUUGUACUACCCACCAAAUGAGUGCUGCUGGAGCCCAGCGUUCAUGUAUUCUACUUGCCAGGAGCACUUAGAAUGGCAAAAGCACAAAAAGAAAGAAGCUGUUCAGAAGACAGGAAACCAAGGAAACAGUGGCCCCCGCAGGGUUCAAAACCAACUUCAAUGUGAGCUCUGUGAUGUCUCUUGCACAGAGCAGGUGCGUAUGCAGCACAUAUCCGGGGAGCCAUCAGAAGAAAAAAGAAUCAAGACAAAGAUCUUCCAGUUGAGAUAAAUAGAGCUUGGAAAAUGCAUGUGGUGACAACAAAGAAGCAAAACCUAAAGGAAGUGAUAAAGAGACAUAGAGAAGAAAAGCAGCAUUGGCCCAUGGAAAAGAAACAAGUUAUCCAUGGAAAUGUGGAUUUUUUUUUUUCCUGGGGUUCUGUGAAGAAGAGUUGUACUUCAGACAGAGGAAGAAUAAUUAUAUUUGGAAGAGUAAUGACACCAGAUGGUUGCUGAUUGGCAUCCCCCUACACUUACAGGCAGCUCAGGCAUGCUAGGACCUUUCUUGAAUUAUCACCAAGAUUUUGGAGUGAAUAAAGUACAGAGGUUUCUGGCUAUAAUACUGGUCCAAACUCAUCACAUCUUCCCUAGAAGGACUUCAGUAGAUUUCAGCUUGAAUAGAAAAUUCUUGAUUCUGGCUUUCAAAGUAGCUGGUUACCUUAGCUGUAGGCGAGUGUUGAACACCUUUCUGCAGUAUAGUCCUAGUUGCUAUGUAUUGGUGUAAAUGAUGGUGAUCUUCUAAAUAACUUUAUUUUCCAUCUUCCACAGUGUGUGCAGGAAGAACUGAGGACAGCUGUGCAUUUCCUUCCUACUGUUGUCUUCGUUUUAUUCAGGCUCUUGCCAUUUUAUCUCCUCCUCCUCCUCCUCCUCCUAGCAUGUUUUAGAAAUGUUGGCUUUCAGCAAAAUAUGCACAUACUUGGAAUGGACCCCUUGCCACCUCCUCAAAACACAUCUAAUGCAUGCGAUAGAAAAGAGACAGUUGAAACGGCAGAGGGCAAGGGAGAGGGGAAUAAAGGGGAAAAAAAAAAAAGAUGCUGCCUAACAGUGCUAUUGCAUUUGUAAGAUAAUGCUCAUAUGGUUCCAAUUUUUAUGAGAGUUUUAGUCUGUUUGACAAUUUUAAUAACUUUUUCCUUUAUAUAACAUACUGUAGAUAAUUUUAAAUUGUACUCUAUGAUCACUACAGAAAUUGCACUCUUUCUUAAGAGUGAAGUUGCCUAUAGCAACAGUUCCUUCCUUUCUGUUAUGUCUCCUUCCCCUCCCACUCUCUCACUCAAGAAGAAACUCUUGCUGCAGUAAAAUAGGUAGACAGAGGCAAAUACGAUUUAAAGACAAACACCAGAGGUUUUUUAUGUGGCAUACAAAGCAAAACACAAGCUUACUGUGUGUGUUCUUUAAAAUUUUCUGUAUUACUCUAGAUUUCCAGCCCGGAUCAGGCAGUUUCUAGCUUGAUCUGAAGUGGCUGAAACUGGCAUAGGGUCUCUUCCCCUUUUGGAGGGGGAUCUUGCACUUUGUAGGCUCCCAGCUGGGAGCGGUGACAUGGGCGCUGAAGUGUACAGGCAUGCAUAAUUGCUUGUUAUUGUUUUGUUUGCUUGCAAAAUUGACUUUUGGGCUUUCUGGAGUAUUUUGAACCACUGCUUUUUAGGACUUAUUGGAAAAUUAUUUCUGGAUCGUUAGUUUAUCAUCAAAUCCUUCCUCCUUGAGAGUAUAUUUGUUUUGGGGGGUAAAGCAGGUUCUGUUUAAACAUUCUGGCUUAAGAAUUAUAAAGGGAACAAAAGUACAUAUUUGAAGAGGGAUGCACUUAAGUGCUUCUGUAGCUGUUUAAACAGAUACAUUGUUUUUAACCAGUACUGUGCCAUCUUACUGAACUAAGUGUUACUUAGCUAACCGGCUGUGCUGGAGCUGCUGCCAUCCGUCCUGUACACUUAUGCAGUAGAGGUUCAUAACCUCACAUGGGCGGAAGCCUUGAUUCUCCUCUACCUUUUGCUGUACAAUUAACCUCGUCUGUUGCUGGUAAAUCGAAGACUGGGGAGUGUGCGGAUUGGUUCCUGUGCAGCUUCUAGCCUUUUACCUUGGUCAGAGCAGAAAAGAGGAUACAACAGUGCAUCCACUCCAAAGAGCUUCCCUUAUUAGAAAUUGGGAAGUAAAAACAUUAAACAAUGCUACAAGUAUCACCAGAACGGAAAGAAAAGUCACUAGUGCUAAAAAUAAGAGUUAAACUGACGUGACAGGAUAGUUGACAUAGAUGCCCGUAACAACCAAGAACCGAGAUACGGAACAUCCCUGUAAGUGCUGCACGUCACCCCUCGGUCAUGACACACAAGCAUGGACACUGCGGCAAGGGCCUGGUGCUGUUAGAUAAAACAGCUGCCAAAACCCAGUGCAAUGAACUGAGGCUGUCAGCUGUAACAGCACACCUUCCACUUGUCCCUCGAGCACGGGGGCAAGGGCUUUCCUGCAAAGUCUGCUUUCUCACUGAGAUGUAGAUUUGUGCAAAUGCCACCUGCUCUCUAAGGGUUUAGUGAAAAUAUCUCUGCUGUCUGCACUGCUGCCGGCUGGGGGAAGGAGGGAAAUCCUUCUUGGAACAGUCAGUCUGGCUCCUGCAGCCCACUUGGCUGGGAGAUUGCUGUGUAAGUAGCAUAGGAGUGUAUAACACCAUUUGGACCUUGUGUUGUAUCUGUGUUAUGUAGUCAGCUGUUGUAAACACUGCCUUAUCUUACCUUGCUUAAAGGUCCAGCCCUUCCCUAGGGUAAAAUACCCACCUAAGUGGUCCUCCCCACGUCACUGUUGAACUGGUGGUAUCACUAGUGAGAAGUUUGGGUCUCGCUAUAAAAAUCUUAGCUCUAAAAAGGGAUGUUUAAACUUAGUGAUGUUCUUUUUAAAUGUCUGAAGCUGGAUGUCAAAGACUGAGAUAGCCUUCCUGUGCCGCCUUUACGAACAGCAGAAAACAAGCAGCACUGCUGGGAUAGCUUGGCGUACUCAAGGUUGGCAUCUGAAAUCAGGUUGGCUGCAUGGCGCUUUCCCUUGGCUGUAGGGAAGCCGUAGGGGAUGUGGAUCCUUGGCUUUAGACACUGAAAGGAGAGGUAAAAUGAAUCCCCUAAGUUGCCACGGAGGCAAGGUAGGAGGAGUUGCCUGCUUUUGUGACAUGCGUCACCAUUUUCUGAUUUCCUUUUAAAGGCUUCAAGUGUGGGGCAGAUUUCUCAGGCUGAGAUGUUGUUGCAUUUCUGAUGAAUCCAACUGUAUUGUCCACUUGGGGACUGGAGAGAACUGAGCAGGCAAAGGAGAACCCCCCACUCUGGACUGCUGGAAGUUGUGCUGGUGACUGCGCAAGCCCUCCUCUCCCUGACCCGAGGGAAGGAUGCCAGAAGGAAGACUGACAAGCAGUUAGAGCUUCAGCCUGGGAGGAAUUCAGGGAUUUGAGUCCAGGCUUAACUGUGAGCAGCCCUGAGACAUCGUUGCCCCCAAGGCCUUGCAUGGACGUUUCUGGGAGGUGACAGUUGUAUUGGGAGAGGACAAGGAGCUGCUGAUGCGCUGACUGCCCAGCCAACAUGUCCGGGAAACACUGGGCCCCAGGGACACAGUGCGUCACCAAGCAUGACCACACCAAGCCCAAGGCCCGAGAGCUGGCCUUCCACAAGGGAGACGUGGUCACCAUCGUCGAGGCCGUGGAGGGCAAAGGGUGGUACCGCGCUAAGCACAACGACACUGGGGAGGAAGGGCUGCUGGCAGCCAGCGCACUGCGGGAACGCGUAGCCAUCCGGGCAGACCCAAAGCUCAGCCUCAUGCCCUGGUUCCAUGGCAAGAUCUCGGGGGUGCAGGCGGUGCAGGAGCUGCAGCCCCCCGAGGACGGGCUGUUCCUGGUGCGCGAGUCCAUCCGGCACCCUGGUGACUACGUGCUGUGCGUGAGCUUCGGCAAGGAGGUCAUCCACUACCGUGUGAUAUACGAGGAGCAUAUGCUGAGCAUUGACAACGAGCAGCGCUUCUGCAACCUCAUGGACAUGAUUGAGCACUACAUGAAGGAGCAGGGAGCUAUCUGUACCAAGCUGGUGAAACCCAAACCAAAAACUGGCAUGAAGUCAGCUGAGGAGGAGCUGGCCAAAGCUGGCUGGUUACUGAACCUACAGCACCUCACGCUGGGAGACCGCAUUGGGCAAGGCGAGUUCGGAGAUGUCCUGCAGGGCGAGUACAUGGGGCAGAAGGUGGCUGUGAAGAACAUCAAGUGUGAUGUGACUGCCCAGGCCUUCCUUGCUGAAACUGCUGCCAUGACAAAGGUCCGGCACAAGAACCUGGUGCGUUUGCUUGGCGUGAUCCUGCACAAUGGCCUUUACAUCGUCAUGGAGUUCAUGAGCAAGGGUAACCUGGUGAACUUCCUACGCACACGGGGCCGGGCGGUCAUCCAGACCAGGCAGCUCCUCCAGUUUGCUCUGGACGUUGCCCAGGGCAUGGACUACCUGGAGUCCAAGAAGCUGGUGCACAGAGACCUCGCUGCCCGCAACAUCCUCAUCUCCGAGGAGAAUGUGGCCAAAGUGAGCGACUUUGGCUUGGCAAGGGUCAACCCUAAGGGCACAGACACCACCUUGCUGCCCGUGAAGUGGUCGGCUCCAGAGGCCCUGAAACACAACAAAUUCUCCUCUAAGUCGGAUGUCUGGAGCUACGGCAUCCUCCUGUGGGAGGUGUUCUCCUACGGCCGGGCACCCUAUCCCAAGCUGAGCCUGAAGGAGGUGACAGAGAUGCUGGAGCAGGGGUACCGCAUGGAGGCCCCUGAGGACUGCCCCCCUACUGUCUAUGCCCUGAUGAAGAGCUGCUGGGAGCUGGAGCCGGGGAAGCGGCCGUCCUUCAAGAAACUCACAGAGAAGCUGCAGAAGGAGCUGAAGCACUUAGGGGACAUUUAAUCUGCCAUCCCCCUCCCAGAGUGCAGAGGGCUCAUGGCCAGUAACCUACCGGACAUACCAGGCUUCGAAACAGCACAGCAAGGGGAGCAUGGAACAUCUGGGCAGUGUGGUGGCCCAGGACACUUGUGUCUUCCAAUAAAGAUGGGACAGGAGCUUCAGCAGGGCGCUGUCCUCUGCCUGGAGAGGAGGCAACGGCCUUGCUCCAUCUUGAUA